GGGUGCGCGGGGCUCGGGGGCCGCGCGUUGCCACCUGCAGCGCCCGGGGCCGGCGGGACGCGCUUAGCCCUGUUGGGGGCUCACGUGGGGGGGGAUCCUUGCAGGUGGGAGUCGAGAGCAUUUCCUAGCGCCCGAGCCAUGGUGGCCAAACAGCGCAUCCGGAUGGCUAACGAGAAGCACAGCAAAAACAUCACCCAGAGAGGGAAUGUAGCCAAAACCCUGAGGCCGCAAGAAGAGAAAUAUCCUGUGGGACCAUGGCUGUUGGCACUGUUUGUUUUUGUUGUCUGCGGCUCAGCUAUCUUCCAGAUCAUUCAGAGCAUAAGGAUGGGCAUGUGAGCGGGCUGGGCUUUGACACGGCCCCCUGCCGCUGGAGGGUGGAGGACCGCUUCAGCUCUUAGCCGGGUAUCUGUGGGAAGCUUACAAGCCACCCAGAAGAGAAAAAAAAGGCUCCCUCAACUGUUCCCUGAUCGCUUCAUCGUGGAUGUCAGACCAAAUUCCUUUCUCACAGGACAUCUCGGUACAUCCGUGUUCUCAAGCGGAAAGGACAUUUUGCUUUGCAGUUGGCAGGAUUGGUAGCUCUCCGGGUGUCUGCAGCAGAGCUGUCUGUCUGCUUUUGCCCUGGGUUUCGCUGAUGUCUGCAUGCGGGCUUCUGAAUGAUCACCGCUUUACUUUCUAUGGAUACGAUCUCUGCUCCAUUGGGAAUUGCUUUUACAAAUAAAUGUCUUUGUUCA